CCCAAUUCCAAUUGUGUGUGUAGAUCUCCUCCAAGCAUUCUCGCCGCCACCUGACAAUCCAUCUGGAUAUCAGAGACCGAGAAAUGAUACUGGCCAGCAACCUCCACACCAAAUUCGACUGCCAUUGCCUCCACCAGUUCCGGAUCCCACACCAUCUUCUGAAUCCUACCAACCGAAAACCUCUAGAUCGAUCCCGGAAGACCACCACAAAGCCCGUUCCACGGCCCGACAAGCAUGUAGCAUCGACAGUAAUGGUGAAAUCGGCGACCGCCGAAGGAGCCCAACUCGUCUGUUCAACCCACUGAGUGUGCUCUCUUUGCUUCUGAGCCUCUAGGUAUUCAUCUAGCCAUAGACUCGCUCAGCCCAUUAUUUCCCAUUCUUCCAUUUUCGAUUUGUUCCAUAACUGACUGUUCCUUUGGUCCCAGAUGAACCACAGAGAUACCAGGAAACGAUUGAUCUGCUCAUCUGACUCGUGUUUUUGCAAUUCGCAAAGCCAUUCCUCCGAGGUAAGGUUUUGGCCUCUAUUGAACAUAGAAACUAGAGGACUAGGUCUCCACACUCGCUGAACCCACCCACACUCCUAAAAAAUGUACGUCUGAGUUUCCUUGAGAUCACAAAAAGGGAAACCUUCACUGCCCUUCGUAGUUCUUUGAACGACUCGAGCUCCUGUAGCUAGAAUAUCACGCACCAACUUCCACGCAAACACUUUCACUUUCUGAGGAAUGUCCAGCUUUCAUAGUUGAUCCCAAUUGACAGGGGAAUAAAACUCCCCUCUCUCUCCAUCACCCCGGUUAAACCAUAGCCUAUAGGCAGACUUAACUAAGUAUUCCCAUGAUUUCUAUUCACUCCAGACCCUUACAUCUCUUCCCCAUUCCCUUGGGAUAGGGAUUUUUAGGAUAUUGACUCGAUCUUCAGGUAGAAAGUGUUGAAAGAAGAUGGGCAAGCUUGUGAAGGCUUAAACUAAGGAAAGUGGAAGAAUUUGAUUAGAAGGGAAAUGCUGAUUCUCGAGAGUCAAUUAAGGAAGGGAUCUGUUAAGAUCAAAUCAAAAUCAUCCGGACUCAGGGCAGCAAUCGCCAACGGUUAGGAGAGUGAGUGUAUAAAGAGUGAAAGAGGCUGGGUAGAAUAGGUAUCCUUUUCACGAGAAUCAAAACAGAGACAAAGGUGUAUUGUUAAGGUUUUGAUUAGAGAAGGAGAGAGCUGUAAGGGAGAGAGCUUGUGGGGAUUAUAUUGAUCGAGGUUGAACAACGGCGGGGAGCAGUAGGUUCAGGGUGAUUCUGAUCAGAGUGACAGGGAGUCACUGUGGGAUCAAAAGCUGUAACAGUGUAAUCACAAACCAAAGAUCAUAGUAUUACGUCAAAGGACUCAAGAAGAGUACCUUUGACCGUGGAUUAGUCAAUACUGAAUUUAUCAGUAUUGGAUACCACGUAAAAAUACUGUGUCGCGCGUUCAUAUGUAUUUCUGCUGUGCUUUGAUUAUUUCCAGUUUUUGCUCAUAUUCUUGUUUUAGUGUGUUUCUGAGCUUUGUGCAGAACAAGGUAAGAUCGAUCUGUUGAAAAGAAGAAGAAGAACUGAGUUAUCAAAACGCAACGUGCAGAGUAACCAAGUUGGGCCGGUUUAAGGUUGAAGAUCGAAAACAAACUGAGCCCAACCAAUCUUAGAUUUAGUUCCAGACUCGGUGUCGUUUUGAUACAAAAAGGAAGGGAAGUUACUUUACUCUUUUCCAUCGAUUCUAUUUACAGUUCACUUCACCUUCUUUCACUUGAUCCUGUAAAAAAUCGAAACUAGGGUUUCUCAGGGUUACAAUCGAUCGACGAAGGAGGAGAAUUGCAGCCUGAGUCUCGCGCUGGACUCAACCAACACGUGGUAUCAUAGCCCGGCUCCGGCGAACAAGGGUUAACUACCUGCGGAGGAAAUGAGUUCGAGUGCAAGCAAUGGAGGGGUGUGCAUGGCCGACGGAUUCUCUCAGACUAGACCUCCAAGAUUCGAAGGAGUUCACUAUGGCUACUGGCGCAAUCGCUUGGAAUUGUUCAUAGGAUCGACUGAUCCUGAUUUCUGGAGAAUUGUGAUAGAUGGACCACUUGAAGUAAAGGAGGUACGAGGGAAAUGGUCCGACGAAGAUAAGCGGAAUUUCCAACUAAAUUUCCAACGAAAUGGUCCGGAAGAAUAUCAUCGGGUUUCCGGAUGCAAAACCGCAAAGGAAAUCUGGGAUAAAUUGCAAGUGGCUCAUGAAGGCACCAGCCAUGUUAAAAUAUCUAGAAUAAAUCUAUUGAAGCAGGAUUUCGAAUACUUUGUGAUGAAGCCAGAGGAAACCAUCAAGGAAAUGCACGACAGGUUCACCACCAUAGUAAACAAUUUAAGGAACCUGGGAGUAGAGUAUGGUAGCGGAGACCUGGUGAGGAAAGUGCUAUGGGCUCUCCCAAAACUAUGGAUGCCUAAGGUUACUGCAAUUGAAGAAUCAAAGGAUUUAACGACGUUAAGUCUAGAUGAACUCAUGGGUUCACUAAUAACACAAGAAGAAAAACUCAGAAGAGAAGGAGAGGAGAUUCGAAGAGAGAAGAAGAGUAUUGCAUUUAAAGUGUCUGUAGCAGAGGAUGAACUUGACUGUCUGGAAGAUAUGGAAGAUGAAGAGUUGGCCAUGCUGAGCAAGAAUGUGGCCAAGCUACUUAGACUACGAAAAUAAAAGAGAAAAGGAGGAGCUCUUAAUCGAACAAGGGAAGGUGAUUCAGAGAAGGAGCAAGUGAAAACAGUGAGAGCAAAUCCAAAAGCCAGAAGAGAGUUCAUCAGCUACGACAAUAAGGGUGGGUCGUCAGCUGGAUGCUUCAAGUGUGGAAGGAAUGGACACAUCAAAGCGGAGUGUCCACAAAUAAAGCGGGAGAAAGCAUAUGCAGCCACCUGGAGCUGUAGUGAAGAUAAAGAGGAAGAAGCCGACCCCAAAUAUGAAGCAUACAUGGCUAUGGAUGAAAGUGAAGAUGAUGUGGAAGCUUCACAGGUAAGUAACUAUAACUACUACUCUGAUUCAUGUGAUGAAGAUGGUCAAUUAAUAGAAACUAUAAGGGAUAUUCAGUCAGAAUUCGCACGCGUUAAAACAAAACAUGCUUAAAUGAAAUCAGAGUUUGAGGAACUAUCUAAGAACUACAAUGAACUGAAAAAGGGAAAACUAGAGACAGAUAGAAGGUUGGAAGAAGUCUUAAGAAGAAAUGUGAUACUAGAGAAAGAAGUCUCUAAAGGUCGGAAAGGUAAUAACCAAUUGUGUACAAUACAUAAAUGGCCAUUAGUAACAAAGACGAGCUAUAACAAGUCAAUUCCUGAGUGCUUUUACUAUCAUGGGUUAGGACAUUAUAUUUCACAAUGUCAGAAAAUAAUAGCUAAGGAAACCAGGUUAAAAGAAACAGUAUGCUUUUCGUGUCAUACCAAGGGUCAUAUGAGUUAUAAUUGUACUGAUGUCAAGAUGAAAGUAGAGUAUCCAAAUUGGUAUGAAUACCUAAGAACAAAUAAAAUAUUUUUGUGUCCAGGUUUGCUUCCAAGUGAGCAUUGAAGACAGCGAAUGGAUCCUGGACAGUGGGUGCUCACACCACAUUACAGGAAAUGAAAAACUUUUCUCUAAAUUGAUUAAGGGUAAGAAAGCUAAGGUUUAUUUUGGGGAUAACUACUACAAGGAUGUCUUAGGAAAAGGAGAAUUAGGAUCGAGACCAAUUAUAACUAAUUUAAUGUGGGUCGAUGGGCUUAAGCAUAACCUAUUUUCAAUUAGCCAAAUGUGUGGAGAAACAGAUAGAGUGAUUUUCGAACCUAACAGAUGCUAUGUUGGAAAUAUUGAGAGCAGAAAAGUACUGUACAAAGCAGAAGAAAAGGAAAACUAUUUUGCAUAAAUCUGAAUAACAAGAAUGAUUUCAAUGAGAUGUGUUUGAUAACUGUGGACAAAGAUGAACAGUUAGAAUGGCAUAGGAAGCUGGGUCACAUCAGUGUAGGAUCUUUAGCUAAACUGGUUAGUCUGGGAAGUGUAACUGGAAUACCUAAAAUCAACAGUAAAAAGGAAUUUUUUUGUGAAGAGUGCACAAGAGGUUAACAGGUCAGAUGCACUUUUAAAAGUAAACCUGUAAUUUCUACUUCUAAACCACUAGAAUUGCUACAUCUGGAUCUCUUUGGUCCAAGUAAUGUAAUGAGUCUUGGUGGAAAAUACUAUGCUUGUGUAGUGGUAGAUGAUUAUUCUAGGUUUACUUGGGUUCUUUUUUCUCUCAAACAAAGAAGAGACCUUUGUGGAAUUUAAAAAUCUGAUUAAACGACUAGAAAAUGAAAAGGGAACCGGAAUUGUGAGUAUAAGAAGUGAUCACGGGGGAGAAUUUAUAUCUGACAGCUUUGAUAAGUUAUGUUAAGAAACAUGAAUUUUUCAUAAUUUCUCUGCCCCUAGAACUCCACAGCAAAACAGAGUGGUAGAGAGGAAAAACUGCACAUUAAUAGAUAUAGCUAGGACAAUGUUGAAUGAUUAUGGCUUACCUAAACACUUUUGGGCAGAAGCCAUAAACACAGCCUGCUAUAUUAUCAAUAGAGGUUUAAUGAGGUCUAAACUAAAUAAAACAUCAUAUGAAUUGUGGAAAAACAGAAAACCAAAUGUGGGGUACUUUCACCCUUUCAGGUGUAGAUGUUUUGUUUUAAAUACCAAAGAUAACCUAGGAAAAUUUGAUUCCAAGUCUGAUGAAGCAAUUUUCUUAGGGUAUUUUGUUCAUAGCAAAGCCUUUAGAGUGUAUAACAAACGGACUCUCAAAGUUGAGGAGUCCAUAAACGUGGUAUUUGAUGAUUCUCCAAGUAAGUGUGCAGAUCAAAUUGAUGAAGAUGACGAUCUUGGACUAAGAAGAUCAUAUAAUUUAAGCCAAAUAGAUCAAGCUGAAAAGGAGACGAGAAACGAAAAUUCACAAGAACCAGCAGAUAAAGGACACUGACCUGAGACUGAUGGGAACAGAGCCAUAGCAGCUCCCUUGCACAUUCAAAAAAGACAUCCAUCAUCUCAGGUCAUUGGUGAUCUGAGGGAAGGUAUGAUAACUAGAUCCAAACUAUCUUCCAUGCAAACUGCUUUUGUGUCUCUAUUAGUACCUAAAAAUAUAAAAGAGGCUCUGAAUGAUGAAUUAUGGACAACCUCUAUUGAUCAGUAGUUUCUUUCUCACAGGACAAGUUGUGCUUUAAUGAUCAUACCUUUCACCCCACACUCAAGGUCUUUGCAACCCAUAACCUUUGACUGACUCAAAUCCAUCCAAAAACUCAAAUAGCAACACUCAAUUUCGAUCGUCGGUAGUGGGUGAUUAACAACUUAUGGUGCAACAGUUAUUAGGAGAAUCAACACAUCACUGAGGUGCAUAUCUCGUGAGGACAUUCUGGCUUACUCACACCAAUCAUAAGCAAUUAAUUAAGCAUGAGUCUCAAAAACUAAUGGGGGAAGCCUUUCGCAAACAUGAUUUUAACUUUAAGCACAUCACUACCUUUUAUGACAAGGAGAGGCUUUCUCUCUUUCUGCUUUUGCUUGCCGAGAGGUCGUAUUUAGUACAAGUGGGAUUUGUUUCUUACUACCGGUGACCGAGCAAGAGCCAUUUCUGCUUCUUAGCACUCGCAUAAGGGCUUCUUUUAACUCCUUUUCCUCGGUCCGUGCGGAGGGUCAUUGCACAUCCUCUAAUGGCACUUCACUCAACUGGGGAUCGUACUUGAUAAGCAACAUCGUACGGUCGCGAACCGAUUCUCAAUUGAAUCUUUCCUCAUCCCCAUGUGUAAUGAGUGAUUGCCUCACACGAUUUUGGCAUUUUUACCCACACUUUAAUUGUUAUGGCAACUUUCUUAUAUUUUACUUGUCAGGUAGUGUUUUCUUUUAUGAAGAUACAGUUCAUCCCAUCAUAAAACAUUCAAAACAGAGAGACUCGUUGCAAAAUCAAAAGCUCACAAUUGAUGCAAGUAAGCACGGUAUCCAAACAUAUCGAAUGGUCAAUGUUCUCCACCUAACUACUUCACCAAAAUUCAUUACACUAUCCUCACAAAAGAGAAUGUUGCUAAAAGAGUUUGCUCAUUCAAAGCACAUCAAGUCAGUCAAAACAUUCAAGCUCAUUAUGAAGAACUAUGCAAUUCAACACUAGUGGGGUGAUUUCGAUGAUUUCAUUCAAGCACAAACUCAUUUUGAAAGCAUCACAGUCAUUUACAUCAUGUUACCACAAGAGUACAAGGUUUUGUUUUAAUUUUUCUGAUUUUUAGGCAUUAACUUUGCACAGGUAGCCUGCUUUUUACACAAGCAAACUGCAUGCAGUUUGGCUGUGCUCAAACUGAUGGCAUUUUUUUUACGAUAUACACAUGACGAGACACUAUGGACAACAAAGACUCGACAUAAAACACGACAAGAACA